UUUGUUUUGAAGGCAGAAAGCAUGGACGCCGGGGAGAAGAGGAGAGUUCGCUCCUCUAAAGGCAGAAAGAAAGGAGGGAGGGAUCCUCCAGCCAGGUCAGCUGCUGAGGAGGCCAGGAGGAGGGAGGUUCUGAAGGAGACGCUGAGGGAGAAGUUGGAGUUGGAGAGGAGGGCUCGGCACGUUGUGGAGCGUCUGCUGGACGAUAGCGUGACGGAGGAGCUUUUAAUCGACUGUGCUCGACUCAUCACUCCAGCAAACUAUAAAGAUGCGGUGGAGGAACGCUCCAUCGCUAAAAUGUGUGGAUAUCCUGUAUGUCCAAACAAGCUGACCAGUGUUCCUGCUCAGCAAUAUAAAAUCUCCACCAAGACCAAUAAAGUGUACGACAUCACAGAGCGUAAGUGUUUCUGUAGUAAUUUCUGCUAUAAAGCCUCAAAGUCGUUCGAGGUGCAGAUCUCAAAGUCUCCACUCUGGCUGAGGAAAGAGGAGAGACCCUCUGAGAUCAAGCUGAUGAAAACUGGAGAUGGAGGCAGCUCUGGUCUGGAAAUAAAGCUGACUGACAGACCAGUGAAUGAUGGGGACAUCGAGAACCCGAACCCAGAACAUUCAGAGCAUCGUGGAGGCUCCAGUGGUCCAAGCGACAGCAGCGAUGUCGAGCAGGACUUCGUGUCCAGCGUGGUCUCUGGAGAGUCUCGUCGGAAGCCUCGGGUGCACUGGGGAGAACUGCCCAAACGGGAUGAUGUGAGUGGACACGGGAGGUCAGAGCAUGGACACCGUCCUCCACGGGAAAAGAGACAGCAAAAUUUGGGAAAAACAGAGACAGAAACCAGUAAUAAUCCAAAUGAAACAUCUUCGAGGCCUUCUCCAGAAACGUCUGACCUUCAUACUGUUCCCUCUUUGGUGGAGAAAGACAAAGAUACACCUGUGGAGGAGACUAGGAAGCUUCUGGACCAGGUAGCUCUGUCUGACAGUCCUCUAUUAGCUAACGCUAAUGAAGACACCAACGUCACUUCUGGCACCAACAUCGUCAGUACUGACAUCAACAUGAACACCGCUUCUUCUGGCACCAACGUCAAUACAACUUCUUCUGGCACCAACGUCAACGCCGCUUCUUCUGGCACCAACGUCAACGCCGCUUCUUCUGGCACCAACGUCAACGCCGCUUCUUCUGGCACCAACGUCAACGCAGCUUCUUCUGGCACCAAUGUGAAUGCCGCCUUAUCUGGCACCAAUGUCAACGCCGCUUCUUCUGGCACCAUCCCCACCAACGUCACUUCUGACACCAACCCAAACAUCUCUCAGGUGGGCAUGAGUAAGAAAAGUGCUGCCGGACUCAAAAACGUUCUCCAGAACCACGUCAGAACCAAGACCGAAGUUCCGGCGGUGAAACUGGGGCUGCUGCAGAACCUCAGGAUCACCUUGAGCGAGUGGAGAACCGAAGAGACCAUGCGGUUCCUCUACGGCCAGGACUUCAUCCCGCAGCCUGAACCUUCAGGACAGGUUGAGGAGGAAGAGGAGGAGCUGGAUGAAGAUGAUCUGGAGGACGUUGAGGAGGUAGCAGAAAGGGUUAAACGCCCUGCAGGGGGUCCGGCCCGGUCCACCGCCUCAACCCCGGAUUUUAAUAGGCUGAAAAAGGAGGCGGAGCUUCAGAAGCUCAGGGUGAAGGAAUUCUAUAAAGGGGUGUGUCUUCUGCCUGAGGGGGCGGAGACUGAGGUCAGGGAAGAGAGUGACAACACACUACAGGGUGGCGCUAAAGAUCCUCCCCUGCCGCCGGUGGAUUCUCACGCUCAGCGGCUCAUCCAGAAACGCAUCGCAGUGGAGAAACUCAGCAGGAGCUUACAGGACAUCGUUGGGCCUCUGCGUUUGACCAUGAAUGACGUCAUGAACGACCUCAACAACUUGGUCAGGACCUUCAGGCUGACCAACACUAACAUCAUCCACAAGCCUCCUGAAUGGACCCUGAUUGCAGUCGUUCUUCUGUCAGUAUUAACGGAAGUCUCGCCGCUUCUUAACGAGUCCAUGGCCACGCCCUCUUCAGUGCAGUACAUUUCAUCUCUAAUGAAGGAGCUUCAACUGGAGGACCAGGAUCUCCAGAACCUCGUCCAGCUCUUCAGGCCACGCCCACAGAUCUCCUCCACACACUUACACUGAAUCAACACUGAGCGUUAAAUACACCGGACUGAAAUACGCUCAUCAGUUAAUUUCACAUCAGUAAAAAAUAUGUGAUUUUUUAUAUUUUGAAGAAUUUGUCCACUUGUUUGCUUCAAAAAUCAAGGUUUUUUUUAGAGGAGAUAAGAGUUUCCUUCUGGAAAAAUAAAAUAUCUGUUUCUUUACCUUUA